AUGGAGUCUUUAGUGAAAGAAUCUAUCGAGACUCGGCUGUUCAUUAACGGCGAGUUUCGAGCAUCUUCUAGUAACAAAACUUUUGAAGUCAUAUAUCCAUACACCAAGGAGGUUGUUGCGCAAGUACAAGAAGCCGACAUACAAGACGUGGAGGACGCUGUUUCUGCUGCCAAUGCAGCUUUCCCCACCUGGCGAGACCUGGGAACCGACAAGCGCGGUGCAUACCUGCGCAAACUAGCCCUGCUCAUCUUGGAAUCAAACAAUGAGCUGGCAAAGCUCGAGACACUCUCUACCGGCAGACCAAUCUCGCAGUUCUUUGACGCUACUGCAGCCGCCGAUUGUUUUACCUACUUCGCUGGUGGCGGUUGGACCGCGCAGGGAACGGCCAGCCUCAAUACACCCGACCACCUGAACCUGACUGUCAAGCAACCUUAUGGUGUUGUAGCACUGAUCAUCCCGUGGAACUUCCCGCUUGUCAUGUUUGCUGGGAAGCUGGCACCGGCACUGGCAGCAGGCAAUACAAUUGUAUUAAAGAGUAGCGAGAAGGCGCCCUUGACGUCUCUCUAUGUAGCCAAGCUAAUCAACAAAGUGGGCUUUCCACCUGGAGUAAUCAACAUCAUCUCUGGGUUUGGCAACCCUGCUGGGGCAGCACUGGCAUCGCACAUGACCGUCCGCUGUAUCAGCUUCACUGGCUCCACAGCAACGGGCCAAAAGAUCCAGACGGCAGCCGCACAGUCAAAUAUGAAGCACGUACACAUGGAGCUGGGGGGGAAGUCACCAGCGAUUAUCUUCGAAGACGCGGACCUAGAGACAGCCGUUGCACAGACACAAUUUAGCAUUCAGUUCAACAGCGGACAAGUGUGCUCGGCAAAUUCACGGAUUUACGUUCACGAGUCUGUGGCUAAAAAAUUUGUUGAAUUAUUCCGGGAGAAGUUUGCUGCUGCCCAGAUGGGUGAUCCGCUCGAUCCUGCUACUACGCAUGGUCCGCAGAUUGAUCUGCUGCAGUACAACCGUAUCAUGAAAUACCUUGAUAUCGGGGAGAAGGAUGGGAUACUCAGUCUGGGUGGUGAUGCCAAUGACGGGUUCUUUGUGCGGCCGACUAUUUUUGAGGGCGUUGCUGAGGACUCGCGGCUGAUGCUCGAGGAGGUCUUUGGUCCGGUUGUCGCGAUAAAUACCUUUUCCACCGAGACUGAGGCAAUUGAGAAGGCAAAUAAUUCGGAGUUCGGCCUGUACGCCGCUGUCUUUACCAAGGACAUUGAUCGUGCCAUUCGUUUGGCAAAGGCUCUGGAUGCGGGCACUGUUGGGGUGAACUGCACUAGCCCGACGAAUGCUAAGGACACUGCAUUUGGUGGGUUCAAGAUGAGUGGAAAUGGCCGGGAGGGGCUUCUGUAUAGUCUUGACGGUUUUCUUGAGACUAAGAGUAUCUUGAUCAAGACAGGACGUCUCUGA